UCCCUCCUUCCUCCUCCUCUGUUUAUAAAGCUCAGGGAAUCCCCGUUAUCAUCAGAAUAUCGGAGACUCUCUCAUUCAGACUUUUGUGAGACUCAACCACCAGAGACCUGCUGCUCCAGGAUCUAUGAAUUACAUUUGAUUGAUUGAUUUAACUUUGAUUCUGCUCAUCCUCCUCAUCCUCAGUGAGGGCUCAGUGCAGACGUGGAGUUCAAACUAACUUUACUGACUUUUUCUUAAUUCUGGCUCAGACUUUACAGAAACGCCUUACUUGUUUUAAGUGUGUUUUUCUCGACACAACGGUUUAACCUGACCGCGUUCCGUCAGUCCAGUCCAGUCUAGUCCGUUAGACCAUUUUUUUGCCAGCAUGCUGUCCUCGGUGCGCCGGCACAGCCUCCGCCUACAGACCGAGCUGCACCGCUGGAGCAUCUGCGACCCGGGCAGCAACCUGCUCCCGGAAAACCUCCUGGCUCGGGUCCCCGCCUGCAUCUCCCGCUCCAAGUCCUGCACCAGCUCCGCGGGGGAGUCGGACGAUAGCCGCGGGAGCUGGUCCUCCUCAGACUCGGUCAUCUCCACAGACUCCGCCGGGGAAGCGUUGGAACCGGGGAGACCGUACCGGGUGGUGCUGUUAGGGGCCAACGGAGUUGGUAAGACAGCGUUCGCCAGGAUCUUCGCCGGGGCAGAGGACAGCAUGGACACCGAUGAGUGCGAGCUGUGUGGAGAUGAAACAUGGGAAAAGAUGAUUGAGGUGGACGGAGAGUCUGCCACUGUAACUCUGCUGGACACAUGUGAUGAAGAGACUGGCAGUGAAUGGUCUCAGGAGUGCCACAUGCAGACAGGCGAUGCCUUCCUACUGCUGUACUCCAUAACUGACCGUGCGUCGUUCCUGCGAGCGUCUGAGCUCCGGAUCAACCUACGCCGCUUCCGUCCGGCUCAGCACACACCAAUCAUCCUGGUGGGGAACAAGUGUGACCUUGUGCGAUGUAGAGAGGUGUCAGUCAGUGACGGCCGCGCCUGUGCUGCUGUGUUCGACUGCAAGUUUAUCGAAACCUCUGCUGCCAUGCAGCACAACGUGUGGGAGGCCUUCCACGGCAUAGUGCGACAGCUGCGUCUGCGGCGAGACUCCAAAGAAGCCAACAAACGUCGCAGGCACACAAAGUAUAACACGCGCCGCGAGAGCCUCCCUACAAAGGCCAAGCGUUUCCUUGACAAGGUGGUAGCAAAGAACAACCCCAGCAUGGCGUUUUGGCUGAAAUCAAAGUCCUGCCAUGACCUUUCUGUCCUGUAAAAGCCCAACACACUCAACAGACCCUUGAGCUGGUGAACAGUCAUGGGUGUUGAAUUAGUGGACAUGAGCUGGAGGGACGCCUGCUUCUACAGGGCUUAAGGCUGGGUGAUUUAAAGCCAGUCCUCACUAUGUCCACAUGCAGCCUCGGCUCAGCAAAGACGUUGUGCAGGAGAGGUGGUUCACACAUUUCGCCACUGGUGUUUACAUGUGGCUACGAUGACUGAGCUCAGUCAAUCAGACUUUGUAAUGGACGAGACAAUCGUCUAACGAACUGAUGGCUUCUGUCAUGAAGACUUGGAGGUUGUUGAUGAAAUGAUACAGUUUGAAACAAGACAUUAUUAUUAUUAUGUCCCUCUUGCUGUAUUCAUCCAUCUCUUUGUCAAAUCCCUAAGUGCUAAGUGAUAUUUGUCUCUAUUUGUUCAUAUAUAUAUAUA